AAAUGCAGAGCAAUGUUUGAAACAUUGUCUGGAUGAAAUGGGCCACAAAAUACAAACUACAUGGAUAAUAGUCUUAACACUACACUUGUUGCCAGGUUUUUUUGUUGUUGGUCGUUAAGCUAGCCAAGAUUUGGGAACAUAGGCAACAUGGAAGUAUUAACCGCCUUAGUUAUAUAGUAUGUUUUAGCUGUUUUUAUGCCACUUUUGCCAAUUAAUUUAGACUUUUUAAAAUGACUAAUUAGGAGCGAUUUAGGUGGUCAUCGUCAUAGUAUAUAUGCAGUCACCUUUUAGGUCUGCAACGAUGUUUACAGUAAUUUGGUUUUAAUUACUUAGGAAAGCCCUAAAUACAACGGUGAAAAAUAGCUUUAAUUUACUGUGUGCGCAUGCGCCGUGAGAGCCAUCACUCGACUCGCCCUCCUCCAGCUUUAGUGACGGUUACAGGUGUGACAGCAGUAGAGUUGCCCCUGUGGUUUGGUGAAGGUUGGAUGUCUCCUCACAAAAAUCAACCGGGGAAAAGCCGCAAGGAGGACCACCACAUCACUGAAUUUCUCAAAAGCUGGACUUCCAGGAUGAAUCACAAAUCAAGCAAGCAAGAUUCACCCAGUCACACCUUCAAAAUAUAUGUAAAGGUUUAGAAAUGAAGUAAUGGAGGGAUGAACAAAGAAGGGACAAAAACAAAGAGUAAAGGAAGAGAAACAGACCUGAAGGGAAGUAAAAUAAUAAUAAUAAUCCUGAAGUAUUAAGUCUCAAAACCAGCUUCCUUCUUUUGAGUAAUGUGUAUGUGUGCAUGCCUAUACUAGAGUAUGUUCACCAUUAUCCCUUUUGGGAUUUACUCAGACUUCUUAGUAGUAAUCCCAUUUCUUCUAAUCCAAUACCCCCCUCCCCAAACACACACACACACACACACACAGAGAGACAUGUAACCUACAUUCUCCCAUUUAGACCAGCAGCCAUUCAUGUUGUUGGACUACUGCUGUCGUUGUUGUGGAUUCACACUCAUAAAGCGCCAUGGACCCUUCUCCCUCAAGACUACACCCAGUGAUACCUGGGUCGUCCUGCAGAAUCUGUUGAUGUGCAUGGUGUGCUUCUACUCUCUCUACUACAUCGCAGUCAGUCUCUGCAUCGGAGUGCUCAGGGUUCAUGAGAUCAACAGCUUGUUGGCUCCAUUUGACUACACAACACAACCGUCAUGGCAGAACCCCAAAUACCUGGUUGGUGUAAUUUCCACAGAAGUGACCUAUGUUUUGGGAGGGCUGGUAUUCGCCUGGAUUGUAGAGGAGUGGGUUUGGGAUUACGCCAUAACUGUCACACUGCUGCAUGUCGCGAUGACUGUAGCAGUGAUGUCAGACUUCCCUUCAGCUGAGCACUGGUGGAUAGCUCUAGGUUCGGGCCUGGUGAUGAUGAUAUUUGGAGGACAGCUCCUGGCCUAUAAACUCUUCAGAAGCAACUUUGUCUAUCCAGCUGAACUACAAAACUUCUAAUGAACACAACGAGGAAAGCUUUUAACUGGCUUACUGGUUAAUCUCAGAUCCGGAUACAUCCCGAUGGGUUCACUUGUCAAAGAUUUUACUGCAAGGUCAUGUUAACAUUGGUAUGAUCAACUACAGUAUGUCUAUUAAGAACAUACUGUAUAUAUAUAUAUAUAUAUAUAUAUAUAUAUAUAUAUAUAUAUAUAUAUAUAUAUAUAUAUAUAUAUAUUCUAUAAAGAAACACUUUCUCUACUAGAUAACUUUGUUGAUUAGCUAACAGUCAGAUCCCUCCUUGUACAAAUGGCCCAACUUUGUCUAUUUAACUACUGUGUUUUUUAAAAUAUAAGCUGUACAGUUUAACUAUUGUUUUGUAUUGUUUCUUUACAAACUCCACACUAUAAGCUAAAGGAAAUAACAUAGAUGACACCUGUAGCAUUCUGUAAAAGACUGGACGGACAGCUGCUAAAUAUGACCAACUGAAAAGAAAUCUACGGACUGAUUUUUGCAAUGGUGAGUUAAGUCAGCAAUAUUUCUGUUGUAAUGCUAGUGUUAUAUUUAGGUGUCACAUACCUGAUUUUUAGAGUGUAUAGUGCAGUAGCUUGGGCAGCAAAAUGAUAUCAAAUCAUAUCUGUGCAUGUGGUGACAAAAUAGUGCUUGCAGAGAGAAAAUCUACAUCCUUUGGAAUAUGAGAUGAGAUUGACGCCACAAACACGUAAUGAUUUUAAUGCUGGUUGUAUAUAUUAGUUCAAACUGGAUUUACAUUAAAUACCUAAAGCAAAAUA